AAAUUGGCCAAAACACUAGCUAAUCUCACGGGAUUUUCUCUCCAAAAAUCACAACAAUUAAUCAAGCUAAUUUACACUUAAACCAAGCUUAAAACAUGCUCAAAGGCUACCGGGAUUUCCCCCAUUUUUCUACCAAAAUUCGACAUCACACGGCAGCAAACUAAUCAAGCUAAUUCUACCUUAAUCAAGCUUAAAAACAAUGGUUUAAGGCUGCCACAUACCAGAAUUUUCCAGCUAAAACCGGAGCUGCAGGGGGAAGAGAAGCCGGCGGCAAUUCUGCAGGAAACUCACGGGUUUCCCAAAAAUUGGAGGAAAUAAGAGCAAUUAACGUAAACCCAAGCCAAUUCAAGGAAAAACAAAGGGAUUUAAUGGCUGUUUCUUACCCAAAACCGGAGCAAAUCACCCCCACAAAGCAGGAGCAGCCGGCGGUGAGGAGCAGAGCAAGGCAGAUCCGGCUUUUCCAGCAGGGGAGGGAAGAUUUCUGGGUUCUAGGUGUGUUCUAGAGCAAGAAGGAAGGAGAAAACCAAGCUUAUCUCACUAGUUUUCCAAGGCAUGGCUGGGUUCCCUUUCUUUUUUCUUUCGAGUGGCUGCAGCGGAAAGAAAGAAGAAGAAGAGCA